AUGGAGGACACUAAGCAAGUGUCUGAUGGCAUCAUCGAACUUGCGCCCAGGACGGGAACUUCAUUCCUCGUCAAAAAAGGCCAACGCUUAACAGUAAUCGAUCCAAAAGGCGCUCAAGUGUCUGACCUUGUGGCAUUCAAUCAACACGACACAGACGAAGUCAUCUCCAAUGGCCGAACAUUCGACUACGCAGACACCAUAUACCUGACAACCGGCCAUCCACUCUACUCAAACCGGAGCAAUGUAAUGCUUAAAAUCGUCGAAGACAGUUGUGGACGUCACGACUUUUUGCUUACGCCAUGUUCCAAAGAUACCUUUCGAAUCAUAUACGGACACGAGGAGCCGCAUCACGGCUGUUUCGGCAACCUUUCCUUGGCGCUAAGCAAACACGGCAUCGCGCCUGACCGCAUUCCUUGUGCGUUCAACUGCUUUAUGAAUGUGCCUGUGGAUGGCAAGACGGGGAAAUUCACGGUGGAGACACCUACUAGCAAAGCUGGUGACCACAUCGACUUCGUUGCUGAGAUGGAUCUCAUUGUUGCUAUCACUGCCUGUUCGGCCGAGAAGUCCAAUGGCGGUAGCUUCAAACCUAUUCAGUACAAGGUAGCUUAA